AUGGUUCACAGCAGUGUGAUUCACAGCCACAUGGUUCACAGCAGUGUGAUUCACAGCCACAUGGUUCACAGCAGUGUGAUUCACAGCCACAUGGUUCACAGCAGUGUGAUUCACAGCCACAUGGUUCACAGCAGUGUGAUUCACAGCCACAUGGUUCACAGCAGUGUGAUUCACAGCCACAUGGUUCACAGCAGUGUGAUUCACAGCCACAUGGUUCACAGCAGUGUGAUUCACAGCCACAUGGUUCACAGCAGUGUGAUUCACAGCCACAUGGUUCACAGCAGUGUGAUUCACAGCCACAUGGUUCACAGCAGUGUGAUUCACAGCCACAUGGUUCACAGCAGUGUGAUUCACAGCCACAUGGUUCACAGCAGUGUGAUUCACAGCCACAUGGUUCACAGCAGUGUGAUUCACAGCCACAUGGUUCACAGCAGUGUGAUUCACAGCCACAUGGUUCACAGCAGUGUGAUUCACAGCCACAUGGUUCACAGCAGUGUGAUUCACAGCCACAUGGUUCACAGCAGUGUGAUUCACAGCCACAUGGUUCACAGCAGUGUGAUUCACAGCCACAUGGUUCACAGCAGUGUGAUUCACAGGUUCACAGCAGUGUGA